AUGGUCGGAGUGCCUAAGUCCACAGGGUGUCUGAUAUGUAGGAAGCGAAAGAUCAGUAACACUCAAGACGAAACCUGGCCAACAUGCCUCAACUGUCAGAAGAACAGUAAAUGCUGUCCGGGUCCUCCGGCACGACAUACUUUCAAGGACCUCGGACCUAGCCUUAUCUCAGGUAAACCAGACAUUGAUAGUGCGACAGAUCACAAUCGGCGAUAUUUGACCCAGGUUCACCAAACUGCUUUCGCAGACGGCUCAACAUCACACAAGUUCAGGAUAUCGCCACAAAGAGACACACCCCAUCAAAGAAAACUCGCAGGGCGAUCAGCUUCGACGCGCUCAGCAAGCCUCAGCCGAUCUCGUUCUCCUCGAUUGCCUUUACUUCGACAGCCAUCACCAUCUCAACAACAUGAGCUCUCUCGUGCCCUGAUAGCUGCAACAAGUGCGGGUUGCAUAGGGCUCCAGAUGUCUCUCUUCGGUCCUUUCAUUCAAGAAGUUCCAGCUAGGAUUGGUCAUAGUCCGGCUCUCGAUGCUGCAGUGGCUGUACUCAUCAACACUCACGCCUCUCUCAUGUACAAAAAGACCUUGAAUGAUAUCGCCAGCAUCAAUCUGUAUCUACGAGCGAUUAAGAUGCUGCAAAACUGUCUGGACGACUCUCAAGAAGGAAUGUCCACGAACACGCUUUGCGCUUCUGUUCUCCUCGGGCUUGUUGAAGCAUUAGCGGGACCUCGAAAGGGGAAUCGGUACCUGGCUCAUGUCGGCGGGGCGGGUCGGCUUAUGGAGCUCCAAGGUCCCAGACAAUUCGACGAUCCUUUUGCAAAGGACAUACUACGAUUCAACAGAGGUGGCAUUAUUGUUUCUGCUUGUUACGAACGAGAGCCAUGCUUUCUUGCUGCGCCGGAGUGGCGAGAUGUUGCCUUCGAUCACAGUGGACUCGGCUUCGACGAACGACUACACACUGAUCUCCUCCGGGCUUUUGCGCAGCUACCAGCCAUACUCAAAGACUUGAAACAGCUGAACACCGACUGCAUCACGUUUGAAAACACAGCUAAAAGUACGCGUAAUGAUUCGUGCGUCGAUCCCAAUCUUGAUCUUCAAUUCGACCUCGAGCUUAGUCGUAGUCCACCUACCACCUGCCCUUCGCUCGAUUACUCAGUUGACAGUUUCGACAAUAUCGAGUUUCCGUCAGAACUACGCAAUGAGGGGUUGCCCAAUGGCGGCGUGCCUCUGGCUUACAUAUCCGCGCGCGAAGAUGUGCUCUGCAAGGUUCAGAACCUGAGAAGCACGUUCUGUGCGUUGGGUAUCAAUAUGAAUGCCAAGUUCAACAAUGGCACAACAGUCACCGAACUGCCCAGUGUUGAAGAGGGCAAUCCCAUAGCGACUGCCUAUCACUUCAGUAGCUGGCGCGACAAUGUCGGAUACAACAGCUUCUGGGCGCUCUGUAUCAUGGUGAACGAGUAUCUGAUAAAGCUGCUUCCGCCCUCUGAUCCUAUCAUUGGCAUUCUUGAGGCAGAAAGCCGAUCUCUAGCACUUGAGAUCUGCAAGACAUGGGAAGAAGCAUGGGCAACGAAACCGAUUGGCGCGCUACACACAUCGUUCAGCUUCGUCAUGGCAUACGAAUACGUCACUCCCAGAAUACAAGAAUGGAUCUUGAAAGGGCUAAAUGCGUUACUGGAUUACCAACGUGUAGACGCUGCAGCCUUCCAAUGGACCGAUGAAGUGAUUAGGAUGAUGAGUGGGAAGCUUACUGGUGACGGUCAGAGCACCCUCUUCUCUAAUGUGAGUGUCAUGAAAGAAGCGCAGUAGCCACGCUCACGACACUCUAGACCCUUGUUGGGUGUUGAUGAUUUUUAUAGAUGGACAGGAAUGGAAAAGAGGCGCCCGGAGUCACUUGAGCUUACAUCAGUGUCUGGCAGUCACUGACAACCGAUCGUUUUA